UUCACGAGCCAUGUCAGUCCAACGAAUCCUGAUCAACCUUAUGGUUGCCCUGCUCCUGCUCCUGGCCGCCGUUUCAGGCUCACCGGCCCGUGGAUAUUACCAAUCACCGCCGCGGGGCGGACGCAGCUACACGGACAUUGCCCGAGUGGUGAAUCCCAAUCAAUACGCCUUCGUUGGAUCCCGAAACUAUCCGGGUCAGCCCUUCUGGCCGGGGGGAAAACGUUGACUCCCGAGCAGAGGCUAUUAAUUUGGUUAAAAUAUAUUCUUAGAUCGAUUCAGGUUUAGCUAAGAAAUGAACUGAUUUAUAUUUACACUGCAAAAUACUCAUCUAA